CUAAAAAUCGCGAUGUUGUGUAACUAUACACUUUGAUAACUGGUAAUCAAGACAAGUUGGAAUAAUGGUUUGAAGGCCAGUAGUGAUAAGGCAAAUUUAUGAUUUAAACUAUUAUCAUUAUUGAACCCACUUAUUUUUACUAUUUAUUUAGUCAUUUUCGCUAAGUCAGAGUGCGCAUACACGGCCAUCCGAACGUUCGUACAAUUUCAUGGUGAUCAAUAAGGCAUUUUAGUAAAGUUUUCGCCGGCCUAAAAAUUUAUUAUUUGCCCUCAUAAAAAGAUCGUAAAAUCAUGACCAACAACGAAUUACGUAGACGAAAGCAUAAAGAUCAAAAUGGGCGGCCGGCACCGAAUAAGAAACGUAAAGAAAUCAAACCAUCAACUCUUCAUCGGUCAUUCUUCUGUUUGCUUAUCAGCGGGACUAUUUUGACACUGUUUAUUUUACUUUACAUUGACAACAUUCCGUGGCAUCUGGGCCAUAAGGCUGUAGACAACAUUGCCAAAAAACUUGGUUAUCACAAACCAGUCCAUGCAGUUGUUAUAGAUGCCGGCAGCACAGGAUCACGAGUGCUAGCUUUUACUUUCCAUGAGUCAUAUUUAGGGGGCCAUUUAGUGUUAGAUAAGGAGUUAUUUGAGUAUACGAAGCCAGGUCUUUCUUCGUUCGCGGACAACCCCAAAAAAGGAGUUGCAACUAUAGCUAAUUUGUUAGAGAAAGCCAAAAAAGAAAUUCCAAAAGAAUAUUGGAACAAAACGCCUUUGAUUUUGAAAGCUACAGCUGGUUUAAGACUGUUGCCUCAAGAAAAGGCGGAAAAUUUGUUAAAUUCUGUGCGGGAGUUUUUCAAAGAAACUCCGUUUUUGACUAAUGAGGAGAGCGUUGAAAUUAUGGAUGGAACUGAUGAGGGCAUUUUCUCCUGGUUUACUGUGAAUUUCCUGUUGGAGCGCCUUUAUGGGAAUCCUUCUAAAACUGUCGCCGCAUUGGAUUUGGGCGGCGGAUCAACCCAAGUGACUUUUUCAGCUUUGACACCAGCUAGUCUUUCACAGAAACAGUACAUCCAUCAAGCUGUUGCACCCAGUGGAUAUAUUCCAGUGUAUACUCACAGUUAUUUAGGUUUAGGAUUGAUGGCAGCACGAAAAGAAGUGAUAACGUUGAACCAGGAAAACGAGGUGAAUGUGACGUCAGAUUGUAUAAAUCAUAUCAUAAAAGGACGAAAAUUCCAUUUUGGAGGAACGGAUUAUUAUGUUAGUGGACCUAGAGAAAAUUAUCCUGUUAGUAAAAGUAAAGAAACUACGUAUAGAGUCGGACAGGAAACUCCCGUAGUUGACUUUGACACAUGUUCUAAAAUUAUUACGGAUUACGUGGUCGAAAAAGCGACGCCGCCAGAUGAAUUGCCGACGAAAAUUAUUUUUGCCUUUAGUUAUUAUUUCGAUAGGGCAACUGAAGUAGGAUUGAUUGAAGAGAGCACUGGCGGCUACAUCGACGUUAACGCCUUCAAAACAGCCGCCAAGAAAUCAUGUGCCGAACCUAACGCAGACCAACCUUUUAUGUGCCUUGACUUAACCUUCAUUUCGGUUUUAUUAGAAAAAGGAUUUGGAUUAAGGGAAGACGCAAAAAUAUUUUUAUAUAAGAAAAUCGACGGACACGAGAUUAGUUGGGCCCUUGGUGCAGCUUAUAAUCUACUGAGAGGUUGAAUGUAUUUGACGUUGUUGAAAGCACACUAUUUAUUUUGAUUGUUCCACAAGUUGACUGUGCCUUAAUGUAAAUAUCCAAGUAUUUAGUUCAUAGGCUGUGCAAUAAGUUCAUUCGACUUUUAUUCAUUAUUGCGAGGUGUAAAAAAGACGUUUGUAAUUUUGUGGUACCAAUAAUAAAAGUCACUUUUUUGUUUAA